CAAUCUGAGCCUGUGACUAAAACGCCAUCUCUCAAGCUGCACACUCCAGGCUGCAUUCAUUCAGUGGGUCUGCAGGCGCUACGAGCCACCCCUGAAUUUAAAGUGCAUUUGCACUCGUCUCGUCGCUCUGCAGGGAUCAGCAAAUAUACGGAAAUCUUAACAACCCUGCAAAAUAUACAGUAGCCUAUAUUCCCUUGGACUAGCCAGCUACAGAUACUUUGUAGCCCCACAGCGACCGACCAGCUUGAUUUUGCCAAGCAUGGGAUGCAAAGAGAAAAACACACUGGAAGGAGGGAGGCGAUAGAUAAACAGAUUGCCAGAAAGAAUAAAAAAAAGGGGGAAGUGCAAGAAAAAGCCCCGCGUCGAUUGGCCGCGGAUCCCGGUGCAGCGCUACAACAAAAACCUGACCUCGACCUCCUCCUCGGACGGUGGGAAACUGGUUGUUGAAAUGGGGAUGUCGAGAUUUUGUAUCACCCCGUCUCCUCCUCCAACACGCAUGCUGCCGAGGCUGCUGCUGCUGCUGAUGUUUGCGUAGGAGUGUUUUAUUUUGCGGACAGCCUUUGGUAAACCAGCCUCUACUGUUCAAACAACUCCAGACAAGCGGUGGAUGGAACUGAGCGUGUGUGUAUGUGGCUGGUCGCCUGCUCCAAACUCACCUUUCCAAAGCUAUUGUUAUUAUUGUUAUUAUAUUAUUUUUAUUUUUCUCGUCUUUGGAGUGGUUUUUUUUCCCUGUUGUCUUUCUGCGAGUCUGGAAGUGGACAGAAAAUGUUUUGCAUGCGAAUGACCAGAUUGUGUCAGGAAAAGUAGUCCUGAGCAAGAAGAAUUAUUCAAUAACAUUUUUCUGAGGACGCGUCAGCUAUUUUGUCUUUUCUUUCUUUCUUUCUUUUUUUUUUUUUUUUUUUUAAAAAAAAUCACAACACUAAAAGGGAUCAAGCCCAGCUGGUCGAGCUCUCGUUUUGCUGGUUACUCUGCAGGCACUGAGGGCUUUUUUUGAUAUUGGUUUCAUUAUUUAGUGACUGACGUCGACACAAACUACAACCAGCAGAGGUCGGGACCUGAGCUCCAAGGAGCCACCACUACCCUAGAUGUGACCCGGUGAAUUCCUCUUAUCUCUGCAGGGUGUUAAUGGAGAGCCAUUCGAAUGACAGCCGGGACAGUGGUCAUCACUGGUGGAAUCCUAGCUACAGUUAUCUUACUCCUUAUCAUUGCAGUACUGUGCUACUGUAGGCUGCAGUAUUAUUGCUGCAAAAAGGAAGAGUCUGAGUCGGAGGAGGAGGAGCCAGAUUUUGCAGUUACAUCCCGCCUUCCGCCCGUCCACUCAAAUCACAACAUUGUGGCGGCGACAGCCGCCGCCUCCUCCAUCCCAAAUGGCCCCGCCCUUUUCUCCACCCCUCCUCUGGCCAGGAAACUAACACGCUCACAGACCUUCUGUCCAUCCUGUACGCACUAUGAGCUGCCUUUCUACCUCCAGCCACCUCAGCCGCAGCUCCACCAUCAACCAGAUGGGUUGAGGAACGGAGGUGACCGCAUCAGCUACCGCAGUGUUCAGCAGCAGGAUCUGGACCUGCCAGUGCCUGUGAACAUUUCAAACUACCGUAAACCAAACCUCGCCCGGUCGGUCACCAUGAGGGACAUGUUCACACGCAGCUGUAGCAUCAGCACUGAUGUUUAGCUGGGCGAGGUUGGACUUUGGUGUAAGUUUAUGUUUAAAUGAAUCUGGAUGGCCUAGACUGGACUGGACUUAAGUCAGACUGUAUUUUUAUCAUCUUGACCAGUUUAGCACAGUCUAGUAUGGUCUGAUCCAGUCUGGUAUUGUUUUCCUUUUCACCUCUUGCAGAAUGGAGGACUGAGAUGGCUCUCAGGACAGGAUUUUCAAAGGUACUAUGCUUGGGUCCAGGACCUUACACUUGGGCCAGUGAGUCUGAGAGUUUAAAGUAUUCAAAAAAAAUGAAAUUACCAAUAACAUAAACUUCUUUGUUUGUUUUGUUUUGAAUAGCUCUUUUGUAAAGAUAAGAAUGGAAUUUGUUUUACAAUUUGAUAAAGUUUGCGUAGCCCUAUGUUCUCUGGAUUCUUCUGCCCAUGGUCUGAAAAUGAAACAGAUUCCCACCAUUUCAAAAUGACAUAAUCGGCAGGGAUUUUCUCUCUGCUAUAGCUGCUAGGAACAAAAACAUGAUAAGGUGAAGUCCGGUGUUCUCCUCCCACGAUGGGAUGAUCUGUCUGUUCCACCAUCCACAGAUUACAGCGAUUAUAAAACAUCACUACAGUAAGGGAUGGGGCUCUCGUGUUUUAGCUUCCAACAACAGACAUUUUAAAUAGACUUAAUGUAGGCCAUAAUAUUCUAAGACAUAAAGGGCUCGCAGAAGAUGGAAAUCCCUGCUUGUUUUUCACAUCCUUUCAUGGAGGUCUCCAGUUUGACAGGAAACUGGUUCCUGUGAGUGUCUGCUGACAACAUAAAGUGUAUAUAUAGUAUAUUAUACUUCAGCAGUGAUAGACCUCUGUGUUAUUGCUAGCAGGGUGGACUAGGUGCCAAAGGGGUGUGGGUUCUCGCAUUUGUGUGCAUUUGUGUGAGUGCUUGCAUGCAUUUAUAUGUGUGUGUGUGUGUGUGUGUGUGUGUGUGUGUGUGCGUGCGUGUGUGUGUGUGUGUAAGUCGACCAGUUGUUACACCAGAAUUCUUAUACCAUACAAUUAAACACAGUCUGUCACCCAUACUGUAUGUAUACCGAACCCAGUGCUGGGUUGCAAUAACAUUUUAAACAUUUAUUGUCAAGGGUGAAGACACAUUAGUUUCCAUAAAUUCAUGUUAAAGCUAAAAAUGAACCAACCCGAUGAGACGGCAGACCCUAAGUGGGUUUGCAGCUAUUUUGUAAAUGUUUAUUUUACUGAUUACUGCUAUCACACAGACUCCAGUUGCAGGUGCCAGUCAGAGGAGCAAAAAGUUUUUACGGCAACACUUAACUUAACAGUGUGAUAUUCAUUAUAGUUCUUCACUUAAGUUUCAUUUUGUGGACUCUUCACUGCAUUCCUUGUGUUGUCUAAUUUGUUGAUAUAUAGAUUCAUGCUCAAGAUUAAUUCACCUUUAAAGGCACGUCUAUAAAUAUUUAACGGGCCAUAACAUACACUCCAAUCCCGCUCUCUCGCUCCCUCUUCUUCUAACUCGUUGGACUGAGGAAUAUUUGCUCUUGCUCCAAGGUACUCAGAGUUCCUUCCCGGGAUUGUUUUUAUUUUUUGUGCUUGGCUGACCAGCCUGGUUGGAGGGCUGAUAUACUGACUGGAAUUUUAUGGACACAGGACACACAUUUGAUGAAUAAAAUUAUUUACUGCUUGAUAUUUCAAAGAAAUGCUGAUGGUUGCGUGAGGGACUUGAAGCUGACUGGAUUGUCCCCUCUUGAUAACCAUACUUCUCUCUCUCUCUCUCUCUCUCUCUCUCACCCUCUCCUUCCAUCCCUCCCAAGGGGUGAAACAGUGAGUGAUUUUUUUUGUUUUUCCUCUUGUGCUUCCCUGCAAAUACAUUACAACACACACACACGCACACACAAUUCUUAAUGCUAUGCUUUCCUUAAUUUUUAAACAGAAAUGUGACAGUCGCACAAGAAAUGUAGUGCCAUAAAGAAUUAUAAGAGAAAUUUAUUAUUAUCACUAUUAUUAUUAUUAUUAUUAUGACUCUUAUUAUUAUUACUACAAGUGUUGCAGUGUUGCUUUUACCCUGCCUAGUUAAUUGCUUUAUUUUAUGGUCCAGCUGGUUUUUCAAACUCAGUACAGUACAGCAGAAAUGUUUCUGUUCUUGUUUUUAAUGUGUAACUAACAGACACAUUGUUGCUAAUAAAAUGGUGUGAAAAUCCUUUGUUACUGUGCUUUGUUACUGCAGCAUUCGUAUUCAAAUGCAAAUGAGUGGCAUUCCAUUUGAUUUCAAUAAUUUAGACUUUUAAAA